UUUCCCUUCUUCCAUACCAUGCUCUUCCACUCUCACUCUCACUUCUUCUACCUCAAUGGACAGAAGCCAAUCUCACAGGCAACUUGCUGCCAUGAAACAAUCCCUCUUUGAUCAGGGAUAUCUCGAUGAACAAUUCAUCCAACUGGAGGAACUGCAGGAUGAUGCUAACCCUAACUUUGCAGAAGAGAUUGUGACUCUUUACUUCCGUGACUCAUCCAGAUUCAUUUCAAACCUCCAGCAAGCAAUGGAGAAGAAUCCACUGGAUUUCGACAAGCUUGAUAGCAUCAUGCAUCAGUUCAAAGGAAGCAGCUCCAGCAUUGGAGCACAAAAAGUAAAAGCAGAGUGUACCCUGUUUAGGGAAUAUUGCAAAGCAGAAAAUGCAGAAGGAUGCAUGAGGAGCUUUCAACAACUGAAGAAAGAACAUGCUGUACUGAGAAAGAAACUUGAAGCUUACUUUCAGCUUGCCAAGUAAUCCGGACUGGGACCUAGGAGACAGCAUGUAGCCUCAAUUGAAGACAGAGAAUCAAUAAAUAUGCUUAAUAUUAUUAUGAGGCCGAUGUAAUUGGUGGAUUUUAUAGCUUCAAACACAUAUUCACCGUUGUAAUAUAUGGAAAAAAGGAAUAAUAGUGGGUUUUAGAUAUUUUGCUUCCAUAAA